CUCUCUCUCUAGCUUUGAACUUUGAGAUUCAGAUACAAGAAAGAAAGAUGAGAACAAGCAACCACUUGAUUGGUGCACUUAACUUCUUAACCUUCUUGCUCUCAAUUCCAAUACUAGGUGGUGGGAUAUGGCUAAGCAGCAGAGCAAACAACACAGAUUGUCUUCAGUUUCUUCAAUGGCCAUUGAUCAUAAUCGGUGUAAGCAUCAUGGUCGUCUCUUUGGCUGGUUUUGCGGGCGCGUGUUACCGCAACACCUUCCUCAUUCGACUUUACCUCGUUGUCAUGUUCUUCAUCAUAGCUGUGCUUAUUGGGUUCAUAAUCUUCGCCUACGUUGUCACGGACAAAGGGUCAGGCCGAACCGUAAUGAACCGGGGUUACAUGGACUAUUACCUUGAGGACUACUCGGGGUGGCUUGAAGAGCGUGUAGCUAGUAAUAGCUACUGGGGAAAGAUUAGUUCAUGUGUUAGGGACUCUAAAGUGUGUGCUACAAUGGGAAGAACCGUUGGUGGGGUACCUGAAGCUUCUGAUAUGUUCUUCCGUAGAAAGCUUACACCGGUUCAGUCUGGUUGCUGCAAGCCCCCAACAGAUUGUGGCUAUGUUUAUCAGAACGAGACAGUGUGGAACCUAGGAUCAGGACUCAUGGGAUCCAACCUAGACUGUAAUAGGUGGAGCAAUGACCAACAACAGCUUUGCUAUGCAUGUGAUUCUUGCAAGGCUGGUGUAUUGGCUAGUCUCAAGAAGAGUUGGAGGAAGGUCUCUGUGAUCAACAUUAUUGUUAUGAUCAUCCUUGUAAUUGUUUACAUAAUUGCUUAUGCAGCAUAUAGGAACAACCGCAGAAUUGAUAAUGAUGAAUCCUAUGGUGAAGCGAGGAUGACAAAGUCACAACCCAGCACCUUUCAUUUUUAGCAGCACUAUUUGGAUGCCAAAGGGUUUCAGUGACAUAUCUUGGGAUUUUGUGUAACUAGGUUGCUCUCAUGGUUUUGUAUCAAACACCCGUAACAUGAAUUUGGUUUUGGUUUUAAUCUUGUAAGUUGAAAGGCUGGAUGUAUUUAUUAUAUUUACUCAGUGAAACUUCUGUUUUUGCUUUGAAGAAGAAACUUAUUUUGUAAUUUGCUGGAA